AUGCGUAAAAGCCAUAAAAAAUCUCGCCUCGGCUGCCAAACCUGCAAAAAACGGAAAGUCAAGUGCGAUGAAGCAAAACCGCAGUGUGGAAGAUGCAUUCAGUUUGGUGUCCCAUGCGACUUUUCUCCUGCACCACCAGGGUCUCAAGUUCUUCCCAUUUCCCAAUCUGAACCUCAACCACGGCGACGAGGGCGCCCAAGGUCAGAUUGGACGUCUUGGACUGAACAGAUUCGAUCCCACGCGACAAUGACUGCUGAAGAAAGCUCCAAUCCUUUGUGUACCACUGAUAUGGAACUCUUUCACAAUUAUAUGACAAAGACUGCGGCAACUCUCAGCGAUGGUGGCCAAAAUCGACUCUGGUAUGAUGGCGUUCCUCAAGUUGGACUUCAGCACCCCUGCAUACUGAACCUUGUCCUAUCAUUAUCAUCAUACCACUUGGCCAAACUCAAACCCGUCGAUAAACCGCGAUAUCUGUUACUGGCAGAAAAGCAUCUGACAGCUUCUUUGCAACCAGCGACAGUGCUGAUAGGUCGUCUCGAUGUAGAGAGUGCCCCGGCUGCGUAUUUAACAUCCGUGCUUAUCUGUUUUGUCGCUCUGGCCAAAGGACCGAGUUCUGGAAAUUUCCUUUUGGUCAAUCAACAAGACCAAGUGUCAUGGCUUCAUUUACUUCGAGGAGUACGUCUGGUUGUUGAGUCAACAGGCUGGUCAUCUGUAUUUUCUGGCAUGCUGGCAGAAUAUGCCCCAACGCCCAGCUCCAGCCCACCAGGAGACAUAACACCAGUUGAUCCGGCUUUAAUGGUCAAUGGUAUCGAAGACUGGCGUUCUUCUUUGAACAACAUCUCCAACCUAAUUACAAGGCCCGCAGACGAAAGAUUAACCAAGGCUUAUGAGCAUGAACUAAAAGUGCUCACGGACUGUUUCGAAGGGAUAUUUGGCCAGGGACAAAAUGCUUCUUUGAAUGUUGUUGGCAAACUCGAGAUUAUAAUAAGCUGGAUCUACCAGCUCAAAGAUGAUUACAUGGAAGGGUUGCAUCAAGGAGAUACGGUCGCCAUAGUUAUCCUGGGACACUUUUGCGUAUUACUUCGGACAUCGGAGGAAAAGUAUUGGUUCAUGCAGGAAUGGGCAGUUCAUAUCAUGAAAGGUAUCCUUGCUAUGUCCGAAGAUUUUCGUAUAUGGCUUUCCUGGCCUCUCGCAUAUCUGAAUUUAGAUUGCCAGAGAUAG